AUGGGCUCCUCGCCCUCCAAACCCCCCCGCAAAAUCUCCAGACCCAUCCCCCAAAACCCCACCCCCACCUUCCUCCCCUACCCCUCCCUCGCGCCCCUCCCCCGCCGCCCGGCCCCGUCCCGCCCCAGCCCCGAAGAAGACCUCGCCGGCCGCUACGGCCGCAUCCUCGCCGCCAACCCCGUCUACGCCGGGGCGCGGAGGGAGGAGCCCGGGCCGGGACCGAGGGCUCCGUUCCGGUUCGCGCCGUUGAGUGAGAUUGGGGCGAAGGCGCAACCGGGUGUGGGGGUCGGUGGGGAGAUGAAGAAGGAGAAGAAGAAGAAGAAGAAUGGGUACGGGGUUUUUCCGGCGGCGGAGAAGGGGGAUUAUAGGGGUGGUGCUGGUGGAGGUGCUGGUGCUGCCCCGCCCACGACCACCCAACACCAACACCGACAAGGACAAGGACAAGCACAAGCACAAGCACAAGCACAAGCACAAGCACAAGCACAAGCACAAGCACAAGCACACGGGCAAGAAAACGCCGCCGCGAAGGCGAAAAAAGGAGCCCGGUUCGGCGGCACGAGGCAGGACCGGCACGGGGAGUGGUGGGUGCUGGUGCUGGCGGAUGGGCGGUGGUAUCGGUCCAAGGAGAUGGGGCUGCGGGGGCCGGGGUGGUAG